CGAGCAUCAACUUAGGCAACACCUCCAGGAAGUCAGAUACCUCUUCAAUUCGCGCUGCUAAAAAGGGGACCUUGAUUGGACAACUAUGGCUGACAACAUUUCGCUGACAAGAAUGAGGAAAAUGCAACAGCAGGGUUAGAUUUACAAUUCAUUGUUACCCAUCCUUGACUUCCUCUUAACAGUUUUUAAUCUAUAAGGAGGCCUCGCCAUGACUUGUGUUGGCAUCUUGAAAUACCAAGCUAGUAUAUUCCGAGGUAACCGUGUUGCAAUCCUUGUGAAUUUUAUUCAUCCGUAAAUAUCGUUGCUCUUUCAUUUUGUAUCACUCUGGAGUUUUAUACUCUUGGAAACUAUCAUUUUACAUCUUCAUCUGAAUUGGCCGCAAUUUAAAGUCCCAAACACCCAAACUAAAAAAAUUCGCGUAAAUCCUAUUGAUCCCAACACAUUCCUGUUCCCUCUUUAUUUUAUCUUACACGUCCGGUGUUUUUAUACCCUUGGAAACCUUUAUUUUCUCUUUUCGCCUCAAUUAGACGCUAUUUGAAUGACCAAAACUUAAAAAAUAAUACGGAUAAAAAAAAAAUUCUGCGAGGUUUCUCUUUUGAAGAAAUAGAAAUUAGCGAACAAAAUUAGGAUUUGCAGCCACAUCAACCUCAUCAAGCCGUUUUCUUCAUUCUUAAGUUAUUCAAUUUGCAUUAUCAACUCAGUUGAUAAAAUCAAAUUAUCUAUUGUUUUAUUUAAGUUUGUUGAUGGAACUGCUGCAGUACACUUGAGUGUCCAUUGCCACCACGGGAAUUUCACCCUUCCUUUUUAAAACGAGAAAAUUCAGCCACAGAAGGGAUUUUUUUUUCGUGUUUGAAACUUUUCCACCUAAAGAUAGACCACCAACAGUCAAAUUUUGUCAAGUUCUAAUCUUAUCAUAAGGAGAGAGCGUAUAUGCAUUUGUUCGCACGCCCUUAUGAAAACAAUUGAACAUGAAAUCUUCUUUAAACUCUAAAAUUUCCAUUCUGCAGUGGCCAUUGCAUGAAAUUGUUUUUAAGAAAGGUGUAAUCUACAUGGGGAAAAAUGUUUUUAUAACUUAUAAAGGACUCUGUCAUUUGAAUUGACUGAGAAAGGAAGCUUUUUGCAUUUAGAAAAAAAUAAGAUGGUUGCACGAUUAGUUCUGUCUCAAUGGUCCUCUCCUUGAUUUAUUCAGUACUCUUGACGACUAACCUAUUUACAAAAUUUACCUUUAUCUAGUUGAAGGUCAAGUGGAAGACCGAGUCAACCCAGGCAGAGGUAAAUCAUCGAGCCAAAGGCAGCGUUACAGAAACAUUGUACACUUGUGGGAGUUCCUAUUGGAACUUUUAGCAUACGGCUACCAAAGUUCAUCGAUAAUAGCCUGGACUCGAAAGGAACGUGGAGAGUUUGUACUGAGAAAUCCAGAGGAAGUGGCAAAACUGUGGGGUUCCUAUAAAAAUGUACAUGAAAUGACUUACGCGAAACUCAGUCGAGCGUUGCGAUAUUAUUAUCAGAAGGGAAUCAUUAAAAAGGUAAGGAAAAUUAAAUGAUCCAUUUCUAAAGAUGCCAUUUACACUUAGAGUCAAAAUGCAUGGCAGAACAACGUGUUUUCCUUCGCGAGCUGUUGUUACUUCAGCAACUCAUAAGACACAAAAAAGUGUGUUUAAAAACAUGAAUUAACAUUGUCUGAAAAUUAUGUUCACCGUCACGAAUGGAGCCAGACUUCCUCUUUUGAUAUCACGCAAGGACAGCGUAAGUUGGAAACAGUGUGGAAUAGUUCCCACACGCCACGACUCAGCCCUCGAAAAGUUUGGUAACUUUUACCUGUUAUUCUGUAAGGGAAGGCGAAAUAAAAAAAAAUCUCAAGUUGUGACACGCAAUUAAAUUAGAAAGCAAUUAGUUCUAUAAAUUGCAUCUUUUGUCGCCUCUUUUUAAAUUGCUGUCGCUGUCUUUGUUCCUUCAGAGACUCUUGAAAGGGCACGGGAACAUCGUUAUUAGAAAUCCAUAGAGCAAUGAGAAUGACACAUGCAGUCGAUUACGCGGUGUUUUCUGAAGUCUCGUCAAAAGAUUUCACUUGUCACCUACGGGAAAUCUAAAGUUCUCGUGUUAAUUAAAUUUUAUGGCUUUUUCUUGAAGUUAAAUAAAAAUUAGAAUCACUGUAAUAUGAUAAUUAAUUUCAUUGUGAACCGGCGUAAAACCUGCCUGUAAUUCUAUACGCAUUCUCAUUCCCGUUGACGUAUAUCAGUUCGUUUAUUUGCUUUCCUUACAAAAGCCUUUUCAGUCGCCAGUUCAAGUAUUAAAGCUUUUGAUUGAAAGAAGAAAUCACUUUCAGUAAUUUCAUGUGGUUGAUUUGCAUUUUUUUUGUCUUUUUUCAUUUAAUUUUUUUUGUCUUUUUUCAUUUCUCACAGGUUGCUGGCUUAAGACUGUGCUACCAGUUUGGAAACUUGCCUUAUAACUACGAACCUGGUGUCACAAGGUCUCGCUAUCAUGGAUACAGACUCAAUGAAUGUAUCCAAAAACAACUCAGAACAAAAGAGCUUGCGUCUUUCCAGUCUGUAAUUCACGGCUGUUACUUAUCGUCAGCUUGUGCUCCCAUCAGCUACCCCCUUGGGAAAAGAUGCUUCUGCCAGACACCAAGACCCACGCCUCCUCGUCCAAAGAUGUGGUUUCCAGAUCCCCUAUCUUCCCUGUUGCCUUUUCCUGAAGUCAUGUUUCCGACCAGUGUCGAUGCAAUGAAGCCGUUCUUUUCCCCUUCUGGUCACAACCCUUUUUAUAGGAACAUGAUGAAUUCAACGUAGCCAAUUUUUUUGGUAGAAAAAGGUAUUCGCCUCAUUUUCCCAAUCGUGUUUCCUCUUUUAGCAGAACCGCUACAAACUUGCUGCGUUUUAUUUGUCAA